GACUGCCCGCAGAACGCUUAAUCGUUGGACGGUUUUAUUUUGAAAAUAUUUAACCGGACAUUGAGCUUGCCCUUUGUUGCUAGCUUUAUUCCUGCUUUCAUCUCCAGUGAGGACGCACAGGUAGCCGCUCCAGCUUGUGACCAACACUGAUGGAGACGUCGGGAGUUUGUGAGCUCGAUGUUGCAACGAGACGAAUCGUAGGAGGCAACGAUUCUCCGCCCGACCUGGACAGCCCAUCUCAGGAGGAGGUGUCUGAGUUUGGUUUGGGGCUGUCCUGUACCAACGAGGAGAGGGGGGAGACUCCAGGCCGAGAGGACAGUCCCAGCGAUCUGGUGGAGGCAGACCUCGAUCCCGGAGGAGAUGUCAAGAGCAGAGAGGACAAAGCUUUUGGGAAGGAGGUGGUCCUUCUGAUGCAGGCCCUGAACUCGCUCACAACUCCUGAGGAGAAGCUGGCUGCCCUGUGCAAGAAAUACGCCGACCUGCUGGAGGAGAGCCGCUGCAUGCAGAAGCAGCUGAAGGCUCUGCAGAAGAAGCAGUCUCAGAUCGUGAAGGAGAAUGCCCAGCGGUCCAGGGAGUACGAUGAACAGCGGAAGGAGGCCAUGCUGCACUUCCAGAUGACCUUGAGCGACAUCGAGGUGCAGAUGGAGCAGCACAGUGCCCACAACACUAAGCUGAGGCAGGAGAACAUGGAGCUGGCCGAGAAGCUCAAGAAGCUCAUUGAGCAGUAUGAACUCCGAGAGGAGCACAUCGACAAAGUGUUCAAACACAAGGAGCUGCAGCAGCAGCUGAUGGAUGCCAAACUGCAGAGAAUCACUGAGAUGAUGAAGGAAGUGGAGGAGAAGCAGCAGCGCGAGAGAGACUUUCUGCUGAAGGACGCCACCGAGUCCAGACGCAAGUGUGAGCUGAUGAAGGAGCAGGAAACCCAGCUGAAGCAGCAGCUCUCUCUGUACAUGGACAAGUUUGAGGAGUUUCAGAGCACUCUGGCUAAAAGCAACGAGGUCUUCACCACCUUCAGACAAGAGAUGGAGAAGAUGACUAAGAAGAUCAAGAAGCUGGAGAAGGAAACAACUCAGUGGAGGACCAAAUGGGAGAGUAACAACCAGGCCCUGCUGCAGAUGGCAGAGGAGAAAACGCUGCGUGACGGCCACUUCAAGGCCCUGCAGGGGAAGCUGGAGCUGCUGGAGAGGCUGUGCAGAGCUCUGCAGAAGGAGAGGAACGACCUCAACAACCGGCUCAGCCUCCUCCAGGAGCAGGGGGACAAAGGGAGCGCUGCCCCGCCUCAGGCUAAGCCACGGGAGGCUCCGGCUGAGGAGGAUGAAGAGGAGGAGGAUUCAGAGGAUUUGGCGCAGGGUGACGGGCUGGAAACCGGAGACGUCCAGGAAGCUCCCAGACCACCUGAAUUGGGUCCGACGGCGUGUCCUGAUGACAGUGAGCCCGCAAAGAUGGCGAGCACGCCACAGGACUGAGCUCGCCUCACAGCCUGCGUGGAGGUGAGAGGGCGUGGUGGGAGGGGUUUCACGCAGCUCCAGCCUAGUUCCACAACUAGCCAGAAAACCAUCUUCAGUGGAGAGAGAUUUUUUUCUUUUUCUUUUUUUUAACAGUAGACCUCCUCAGAUUUCUACACAGAAACUGAAGCUGUGUCUCUUUGUGUGAUAAAUGAUUGUAUCAGAUUCUCUAAAACUUAAUAAUCAGCACUUCUUCGUACUCCUCGUUUUCUACUCGAUCUUUAUUUUCAUAGGGAACCUCCAGGCAGGCCUCUGAUUCAUCUCUUCACACAUCUGAGUGUUUACUUUGAUUAGAGUCAUCAGAUUUGAUGUCAUGGCUCACUGAGAACACAGCCUGAUGGUCAGGGCGUGAUCUGAGGAAAUGGGAUCGGGGUCAGAGGUCAUCUGGACGGCUUGUUGCAGCAGCGCCAAAGGAGCAGCAGCCAUGCUUUCUGAUUAUUAAUUAAUAACUUGCUAGGUCUCCAGCAAGUGGCUCUCUCCUCCAUGUUGGUCUGCAGGUGGUAGUCCUGAUUCUGCUUCAGGUAGCACCCCAUCAACACGGUCUCCACCUGCUGCAGGUUCUGCUUAGAGCGACCCUCCAGAGGAGAACCAGGGUUACCAUCAGCCUGCAGUCCAACAUGGAGGACAGAGUCUGAUCAUUAACUAGGCUGGUAGAGAAAAGAGUAAAUCGAUUAUAGAUGGCGCUGUUCUCUUGGAUGGACGUCCAGGCUGCAGGCAUCGAGGGGUCCUGUGACACAGGAAGUGACGUGUGCUGUCCUGGCCUCGGUCCUCUGCGUGUACUGUCACUUUUUUUUUGCGGCCGCUCACCAUCUUCACGUAUAUUAUACACACCUGCUCAGUGUGCAUGCUGCAUUUCUAUUGAUGGCACAAAUGCAGUGGAUGAUUUUUGUGAGAAUUUCUGAAUCAUCAGCCAUCGUCACGCUUCAUCCACCAACGUUAACUCGCCGUGAUGACGGCUGUGCUCUCCCGCCCUCGCUGUUCGCUGCCCCCGCGAUCGAUCAGUGUGCUUAUGAAGCAACACGUUUCCUGUCCUUUAAAAACCAUUAAACGUGUUCUUGGAGUAAUUCUUCGGGAACGCGCAAACGUGGUUUGUGUGGCGAACGGAUUGAAACCGAAUGUGUGAGGAUGAAUCAAAGGCCUUCGUCCUCUGAAAGGUGAUUUGAUGUAAAUUAUGUUUGAAAAUCACAGAACGAUGGGCUUUGUCAUCUUUGACCUUUAUACUGGAAGAAAAGCUGAAUGUGAUUUUUCUUUUUUAAUGAAUCUGAAUAAAAACAGAAAUGUUGGUUUUUGUCAGUGAUGCAUAUUAUUAGGAACACCUCCUUCAGUGUGUCCUGUUCAGGAAAUCGCAGCAGGGUUCAAAUCCAGGUCUGGAUCUCGGGUUAUUCUGUAGGAUUAAGUCAUCAAAAGAAAAAAACUCACAUCCCUUUUAACUUUUAGGCCGUUCAGCAGUUUUCUUUGAUCAGAUCGUUAAAGUGGAUCUAUUCUGCUCCUUGGUUUUGUUCUGGGACCAAAGCAGCUCUGCGUGAGUCCGUCUGUAUCUCACUGGGCCUCUGUAGCUGAAACAAGCUGGUCUAAGAUAGCUUUUUUUUCUGAUUGGCUGCUCCUCGCAAACAGAUGACGACGUAUAGGGACAUGCCCUCUCUGAAACAUCCUCCCUCUGUGACAUCAUUCAGACCCAAGAGUAAAAAAAAAAAACUGAUAAACUGAGUGUGUAGAGCAGUCUGAGCUUUGGAGUUACUGCACGUACACUGAGCUCAUUAUUAGAAACUGUUCAACAUGACGGUCCACCAGCCGGAUAGUUCCACUUUAAAUCAGCUUCAGCCUGGAUUAUCCGCUUGUUUCUGCUGACGUAUCGACCGUGCUUCCGAGCGUCUCCAGCGUUGGGACGAGGUUCCCGUGUUUUUGACGUGCUGCAGUUAUUUUAACAGGCACGAACCCCAAAAAUGCUUCAGCUUUCUGUCAGCACGGUGUCCUGACACCACAUACCUGAAAGCUUCAGAAACGAGUCCUCUGUGUGGACGUGAAGCUGAGUCACAGCGAGUAAUCCAAACCACGCAGCAGCGCAUUAAUGACUAACCUCGUACUGUAGGUGGAUCAUUUCAGUCCUCUUGGCUGGAGUUUGGUCCAUUUUUCACAUCUCCCUGUCAUACAGUGGCGUUUGCCCAUCACGGACCCUCAACAUUGAGAACAUUAAACUUCGGCUGUUCUUACAGCUGCUACAAUAAUCUGAUCAUUUCAUCGGGGCUGAAAGAAUUUGGACCGUUUUUAAACAGAGUCUGAAAGAGACUCGGGAACGGUGUCAGAUUUAACAAGCGGAAAAUCACAGGCUCAGGAUGUUCUUACUUAUCCUCACCCAUGUAACGACGACGGGACCAGAUCAAUGUUUGCAUCUGUCAGAUAACAAUUAUGUGAUUAUGAUUUCAUCUGUGACCUGUAAAAGACUGUGGGAGUGGUGGUGGUGAUGCUGAGGACAAAAGUUGAAGCAUGUUUCCUGUUUCUGACUCUCAGGUAAUGUCAGAAUCUACCUCUGCAGGUGAAACUGUGAAAGAAGAGGCGCCGCAGCUUUGGAGAGCUUUAUUUUUACUAACGAUGAGCCCACGUCCCCUCGUUGAUCCAACAAUGUUCUUAAAAUCCUGUCUUGCUUUUCAAUAAACAUUUUGUAG